AACCGGCUUGUGCUGUGGCAGUUACAGUCGGGUGCUGGGACAGUUGGCAGUUGAGUGGCGGCCAUCUGAGAGAGUUGUACUGACAGGAGGAGCUGAGAGACAAGGCCUGGAGCAUGUUAGAGCUGGAGAACCUGGGAGACAGCUCCAUAGUGACGGAGCCCACCAUACUUCCAGCAGCAGUGUGAGUGACAGCGGCCAGCAGGCCCUCUGAGAGAAGUAGCUGGCUGGAGGAAGGAGCAACAUCAUUGACAGUGUCUACAGUGCAAACGUCUAGAGAGAUUUCCUCCAGAUUGGACUGCAGAGCAGAGGUGCACACAUUUCUAUCAGUGGAUGGGGAAGAGCUGGGCAAAGCCAAUUCCUUUCUCACCAUUCUGUCUCUGUGACCUCUACGACUUGUCAUGGGAAAAUUGAUUUGUCACAACACCAGCUUGUGACCUAAUGCUGAGGAGGAAACAAUUGUUAAAUAUUGCUCCGUUUCACCGGCACAAGAUAGGUUUGCCAAAGGAAACAGAAUAGAUAAAAGAAGAUAAUGAGAAACGGAAAGAUUGCAUGAAACUGCCUGAUUACAAGUACCUGCACUGUGAGCUCUAUGUGAUUGAAGAAGAUUUUAUGAAAUAAAUCUGACGUCAAUGGAGUGAAGUGCUGUGUUGCAUGGACUUGACUGUUCCAUCUAGUACAGUCCUGACACAACCAAGCCCUAUGGAGUUUCACCUAAUUCAGCGCCUUAACCAGCGGUCGGACACUGCACUCCUCAACAUGAAACCGACCCAGCAAGCGAUCUUCCCUACCAUCACUCCGCAACAGCACGUGGAGCACAAGAUUAGGUUGAACAUGGAAUGUCGAAAUGCAGCCCAUGAACGCCAAGAGCAAAGCCUGAGGCAGCUGGUCAACAAGGAUAAAAGCAAAUGCAGUGCCAAUGCCAGCCCAGCAGUCAAACAGAAACUGUUGGAGAUGAUCCGGAGCAAGCAGCAAGUAGCUCCAGACCGCAAUAGUGCCACCAAUCACAGCAGCCCAGCCAUGCCUUACAGGCCUUCCGAACUGACGGAAUCAGAACCUCAUCCACCUCCUAUGCCUACUAAUUUCAUUCCUCGAGCUGCUUCCAGCAGCUGUAACCCAUCAGAGCAUUUUCCUCUACGGAGAACAGCCUCUGAGCCAAACUUGAAGUGGCCUUGCAGACCCAAGAAAUCUGGGGAGAGGAGGAAGAACCCACUCAUGCGCAAGGAAAGCGCUCCACCUGCAGUUAGAAGAAGACCCCCAGAGACACAGGACUCGUCCCCAAGUAGUAGCAGCACUCCUGUCUCUGGUUGCAGCUCCCCAAAUGACAGUCUGCCAGCUGAAAAUGGAAGCCUGUCCUCCCUGCCCGGCGCUUCCUCAGAGGGCCUGAUUCACAGAGUACCACUCCUGACUCCCACUGUAUACAUGCCAGGCAUAGAGGGCCAUGAUGGUACGAAUUCCAUGACCGCAGCUCGUCUCCAGCCUGUCAUCAUCCUGGAGCCCUCAGGCACACGCACUCCGCUAGUUGCAGUUCAAGGCCUGGGUUCUGUGCCAUUGCAAUUCACCCACUCUCUCAUCAGCACUGAUCAUUUAUCUGCUACCGGACACCACAAAACCUUAAGCCGGACCCGUUCUGAGCCUCUCCCUCAAAACCCCAAGUCACUCCAGCAGCAACUGCUUUUUCAGCAACAGUGCGCCGGAUUCCCCGACUAUCUGAAGCGGUUAAGCAAGCGCCCACUGAAAACAAGUGAAAGGCCAAGACUAAGCCAGAUUCCAUCAGAGGAGAUGGAUGACAGUAUUCCUGUAAAUGAGAGACCUACGGAGCUGGGAGGUAACGCUUCUCGAGCCCGGUCAGAGUCCUUGCGAGGUGUACAACAAGAUGCACACAGUGCCAGCCAGCCGGCAGUCCAACAGCACUUCCUGUCACAGGCCUAUAUGUGGGAACAGAGCCACCAUCGACCACCCCAACACAUAAAAAGAACUCAGUUGGAAACUUUAAUGAUUCCUCUUAUGCCAGGACAUCGUCCCCUGUCACGAGCAAAGUCCUCCCCAGCUUCAGCUUCUCUUCCCACUCAAGAUCCUUCAUCUAAAACCAUGACUCUUGCAGUGCCAGAACAGUCUGAUAAACCACGCUUCACCACAGGAAUCGUUUAUGACUCUGUGAUGUUAAAGCACCAGUGUACCUGUGGAGAUAAUAGCAACCACCCAGAGCAUGCUGGGAGAAUCCAGAGCAUCUGGUCCCGCUUGCAGGAGAGAGGAUUACGUAACCAUUGUGAAUGUAUUCGUGGUAGGAAAGCGUCCCUGGAAGAACUGCAGUCUGUACAUACAGAGACUCAUGUUCUGCUCUAUGGCACCAAUCCGCACAACAGACUCAAACUGGACAAUCGCAAGCUGGCAGGCAUUCUAGCUCAGAGGAUGUUUGUCAUGCUGCCAUGUGGGGGACUUGGGGUGGACAGCGACACCAUCUGGAAUGAGCUACAUUCCUCAAAUGCUGCUCGCUGGGCUGCUGGCAGCGUCAUAGACCUCGCGUUUAAAGUCGUUACACGAGAAUUAAAGAAUGGAUUUGCAUUGGUGAGGCCCCCCGGACAUCACGCUGAUCCGUCUACUGCAAUGGGGUUCUGUUUCUUCAAUUCCGUGGCCAUUGCAGCCAAGCAGUUGCAACAAAGACUAGAUGUAAGGAAGAUCCUUAUUGUGGACUGGGACGUGCACCAUGGCAACGGAACACAAAGAGUAUUUUACAGAGACCCCAAUGUACUGUACAUCUCCCUCCAUCGACAUGAUGAUGGCAACUUCUUCCCUGGGAGUGGCGCUGCUGAUGAGGUUGGUGCCAACAGUGGAGAAGGCUUCAAUGUGAAUGUCGCAUGGGCAGGUGGUUUGGAUCCCCCUAUGGGUGAUGCAGAAUAUCUUGCAGCUUUCAGGACGGUGGUGAUGCCAAUUGCUCAUGAAUUCUCACCAGAUGUGGUCUUGGUUUCUGCUGGCUUUGAUGCUGCAGAAGGACACCCAGCUCCCCUUGGAGGAUACAAAGUGACAGCUAAGUGCUUUGGUCACAUGACCCGUCAGCUGAUGAGCUUGGCUGGGGGCCGUGUAGUGCUCGCUCUGGAAGGUGGCCACGACCUGACUUCUAUAUGUGACGCAUCUGAGGCCUGUGUGUCUGCUUUGCUGGGAAAUGAGCUGGGUCUGUUCCCUGAAGAGAUCCUGCGGCAGAGGCCCAAUCCCAAUGCUGUGCGGUCCUUGGAAACUGUCAUUCAAGUUCAGAGUAAAUACUGGACGUCUGUCAAACGUUUUGCCACUAAGGUUGGAUAUUCUCUACUAGAAGCCCAGAAACAUGACCGGGAUGAGGUGGAUACUGUGACCGCUCUAGCCUCUUUGUCAGUGGGCAGAAAUCAAUUGGUAACAGCUGGGAACAAUGAGCCCCAGGAAGAGCCGAUGGAGGAGGACGGACCCAUGAGUCUAUGACAAGGGAAAGUUGAUGUUCUCCAUAAUAGUGGACUGGUUUAAGCUGCUGCUCUUACUUCAUACAGUGGUGACUUUGUUCCAGACCUGUGAGUUCAUUACGAAAGCGCAUCAAGCCAUUGGCCAUCAAGUACCACUUUAGAAGUAUGAUCAAUAUGGAAUUUUGCCUGAAACUAAAAUAAAUAAAUAAAAGAAUUUCCAUUAGUUGCCUGAGCACAUAGGUUGCUACAUAAAUGUGCUGCCUUCUUAGGACUGCGGUUAUGCCCAGAGAGGAUUGCUACACUUGACCAAAGAUAUCACUCAGGUGAGAUGAUGGCUGUGAUAGAGGAAGACUGAAAUAACUACCAGUGACGCUGUCCACGUUGCCCAAGAAACACAAUACCUGUACAGAACCUGAGGAGAUGAACCCAUGACACCUUUUAUGUGGCUUCCCGCCUUGAUCUACUGGUAGUUGUGGUCCAACUUUUAACAUUACACCACCGCUUAUGCUCUGGUAGUUUACCUACCAAGCUCCGGAUUGGGUGGAGAUAAUAUAGAAUUGGUUUGCUGGAAAUGUGACAACCGUGCUUAAUGCCAAACUGAACUGUAUGAACAUGCAUCACGUUUCUGGAAGAACUGCAAUUAACAAUGGACUUCAAAAUGGCACCCUGCAAGGUGGACAUUUCUGUAUAGUAGACACUUCAUGUAGACAAUCCACUGGAGAUUCAGGAUUUUAGACAUACACAUUUAAUGCAAUGGAACAAUAGGUGCCUGGCACAGCUGGAAAAAUAGAGAAAAUGCCUUUUUGUUUUCUAGAUAUUCCUGAUGACCACUAAUCCCUACUUGGAUGAAUGGAUUUUGUGUUGUUCAUUUGCACUAUGGGUGAGACACCCUCACACACAACAAACAGGAUGAGGACAUUUAAAUAUCACAUGUCAACUUCUAACGGGCUAUGUAGAAAGAAGAUUGGAAUGGACCCUUCUGCUGUAAAAUAUAUGCUUAAUGAGACAUUGGGAACAAACUUUGCAAUAAGUCUGUUUCACAUUCCCAUAUGCAUUAGGUGGGGAGGGUUACAUGGCUUAUAUGGUGCAGAUAUUACAAUAAGUUGUAAGACCUUUUCUGUGUUGGUAAUUUCUUGUUUCUGAUUUUCCAUGUUAUAUGACAAAUUGUCUAAUUGUAGUACCACAGUACAGAUCAUUGCAAUUGUCCAAGGUAAGAUAUGAACUGUCCACAUAGAUGCACUUUUUUAGGACCCCUAUAGUGCCUUAGCCACUGAGGGUUAAGGUCUUACGGGGUUUACAUUAAGCCACUUAAUGACUCCUUACAUUUUUGAAUACAUGACCCAGAUGCUAAUUCCAGCUCAAUGAAAAUAAACCUAUUAUGUGUUUUGUAUAUUUAA